AUGCAGAACAGUGUCAUUCCGUUUGCUGGCACUCGGACUGGCGGCCGUCGUCCCCUGCACGCAGAGGAUUGCGGGAGAUACCGUGACCGUGAAGGAGGGUGCCGUGGUCUCUGCGAAAGCGACGGUACGGUCACCGAAAGAUUCUCGUCGGGUUCAGCGACCAACAUUGGCGUCGAAUGCUGCGGCUCUACUUCCGGAACCGUUCCCUGUGUUUCGGACGACAGUGGAGCCUCAACAGAGCCCCAUUUGGUCGAGCGCAUGCCUUUCUCGUCUAAGAAUGAAAGGAACAGCUUCACAGGGUCGGUUCCGGACUGGACUCAGCAGCCUUCCUGCGGUGAAAUGAAGCGACUUUCUCGCGAGGCAGAGGCGCGUACGCGUGACGGUAAUGACAGGCACGUACGAAGCUCUCACGGCCUGAAAGGCACAUCGCGUUUGGAGUCGUCGAUGGCCUUAUUUGCAUCUCGAGGCAACACAGCGAAUGAGAACGGUAUGCCUUUCUCCUCUGCCCGCCCGAACAGUGUGGCGAGUCAUGCGGAUCGCGGGACAGGGAGGAACGCGGGAGAGCAUGGAAAGGACAUCACGAACAAUGGUGAGCGAGAGGAAGAGGAGGCAAGUGCUGCUAGAAGAGAAAUGAUGGAACAAAUGCUCCAGGUGGAGGAAGGCGACACUGGCAUGGCAGUCGGAGAAGAGCGCGCGAAGCUGCUGCACCGCCUUCUCAUUGCGCCUCAGCUCGAGUUCUUCAAAAUUCAAGUGGGAGCGGCCCCCCUGCCGCGAUGGUCGUCGGAAGCGGCACUGCGCGAGAGCUCUCUGCGAGGAAAAGAACCAACAAAACACGGCAGGGAUCCGGUCCUCUAUGGAGGAGUAGGGCGGGGGACGCCUUUGUUGGAGGAGACGCUGGCGCGCCGUCGCUCCAGUCAGCAUGGAGGACACGGGGAAGACGACGCUAAGGACGCUUUUGUCGCUGAGGCCAACACUGCGAGACUGGAGACAGAAGCCGCCCGGAGACUUGAGAAGGCAGAGUCAAACCGAGACCGACAGGAACACGCAGCUGUUCUGCGAGCUACGCAUGGAGUCUUUUCUCGAAGAGAGGCAUCGGCGGGACCCGCUUCACGUGCAACGUGUGAACAGAAAGACAGAUCGAAAGAGGGUUCAGCUGUCGCUGUUGGGGGAUCAGAUAGUGUAGAGAAGGGGACGCGACGGGAAGACUGUGGAGCAUCCUUCGGCGUCUUCAAAACUGACCACAGGGCUGAGACCUUAGGUUCGACUAACGAAAGGGAAGUCCGUGUGCAAGUUGGCGCCUCCACAGAUUCCCAGCGCUUCCUUUCCGGUGUCUACUGUGACGCGGAUGCUGUGCGUACGCUGUGGGCUAAGAAAACGCGUUUGGACUCCAUUUUCGAUGACGAAAUGGACUGGCUGUAUAGGGCUGCGCGCGACUUUGUCUUUCCUCGCGACGGAUGGAGCAAGAAGCAUUUGAAUCGAGCAGGGGAUAAGAUUGAGGAGAUCUGCGACGCUCUGGAAGUUCACUGUGGCCUUGCAAGCGACGAGGGUCGCCCCGAACAUGUUGCGCAUUUUCAGGUAGAAGGAUCUCCUUCUUCAGUUGUGUCUCGGGACCUCGGGAGAUCCUUGGAAACCGAGAACGACUGUGGCGCCACCCACGGAACGCAUGCAACCACAGAGAAAGCGCCGGGGUUGCAGGUGCUCUCUCACGAUCUCCAGCAGAAGCGGCGUGUCGCCGUCCUUCUGGGAUGCUGUGCUUUGCCGGAGGGAACGCGCGACGGCGAGGCAGAGUUGGGAAGCGGAGCAUACAGAGAGAUGGCAAAAACGGAGGAAGAAGAAGCGAAGGCGAAGCCCGAAGGCGACACACGAGACGUGUGUGUCUCUGCAGAUCAGCGGCGCUCGUCUGAAGAAGAGAGGAGCCUUCCAUUCGAGAGAUACGGUCCACGGGCGGCGCAUGCGACCGUUGAAGAAGCGGUUACACCACACCACGAAACAGUUGAGACGGACAGGAAGGACACUGCGGUGACGUCUUCUCUGGAUCCUAGCGGGGAAGGCGUUGAACCUCGAGAGAAAGUGUUAGAAGCAUUUAAAACCGCAGACGCGUGUCUUUCUACAAGUGAUCUGUGUGGACUGGCGUCGGGGUCAAGUUUGUCUGAAGGGUCCUGCGACUUCGCCGAAGAGUGCCGGCUCUCCAUGCUUCACCAGGGAGUUCCGUGUUCGAUUCGAGGUGGCGAGGAACGAGUGGAGAAGCGCGUUUAUCCGUCUGAGAAGGGGGACAGUCUCCGCGUCUUUGUGGACAUCUGUGGAGGUCCAGGGGCAUGGAGUCUCUUCCUGCUGAGGCCCACGAAGGACCAGGCAGAGGUCGUCCUGCGAGGAGAGGGAGGCGCCUCGCGGCCUGUCUCUCUUGGUCUCUCUGCACCGGUCGGAGAAAAUAGAGAAACGCGGGAAGAGAGAAUGGGGGAACGUGCUGGAAAGGGGGUGUUGGACCACGACGGGCUCCGGAGCGACGCGGCCAGAGAUGCAGUUGCCGCGGAGGCCACCAAAGGGGUAAAACAGACAAAAGCUGUCGCAGCAGAGAGAACUGGAGGUCCGGGGGUCUCUCAGACAGCACAGUCUGUCUCAGAGUCCACGUCUGUCCCUUCCGUUUGUGGGUUCGGCAUGACGCUAGCGACCGGCGCUGCCGAGGCAGAAGGGCGAAAGGCGCGAACGCUCUGGUACCCUCAGCUAGCCAGCAACCCUCGAUGGACAGCGCUCUGGGGGGCAGAUGGAACAGGAAAUGUGUACAGGGCGAAGAAUCUCGCUCACGGCAAGGAAGCGAUUUCCAGGUGGGUCGCUGAAGCGGAGAAAACGCUACACAAGGAUACUGUUGCUGCGUUCGCCUCCGGACGUGUAGGGUCUGUGGGGUCCGUGAAGCCCAGCAGAGGCUCUGAGCCGGAGACAGCAGAAAGCGCGGAGCCGCAUGCCGUGUCUCUCGUGGAGGCGGCGGUCUCUGGGCGCGUUGGGCUCCAAAGUGAGUGCGAGACACACGCGGGCAGUGAGCAUGUCCCUGAGAGAAGUGCAUUUGCUCUCUCGGAUGUCACAAAGAACGGGAAAGAAAGUGAACAGGCCGGGUCUCAGGCUUGGAGUCAGAGAAGUCUGUCGACCUCUGCGAGCUCGGACGCUUUCCACGAUGGCUCUCUCGGCAACGCCUCGAACCGGCCUCCGGGGGCAGGUGUCUCCCUUUCUUCGCGCCCCGAGAAGGUUGGGUUCCAGGCGACCACGGGCACUGGAGCGGACCUGAAGGAGACACCGACAGGAGACGGAGACAAGACGGGUGAAGGGCGAGAAGGCGAACGAGAAGAGCACGGGACGGAGGACAAGGAAGCAGCGAGGUACCAAGGUGUCUCUCACGUGCGCCUCGUCGUGGCCGAUGGAGGCUUCCACCUAGGCCUGCGGGCACGGACCACACCCAUCGAUGCAAAGACGGGACGCCACAUUGAAAACUACCAGGAGCUUUUGUGCGCACGGCUUCUCCUCUCGGAGUUGCUGUUUGCCCUCAUGUUGCUCGAAGAAGGCGGCAACUUUGUUUGCAAGAUCUUCGACACUUUCACGCAUUUCACGGCCAGCUUGGUGUACAUCGUCGGGCGCCUCUUUGAGGACUGCGCCAUCCUAAAGCCGAUCCGCAGUCGAGCGGCCAACAGCGAAAGAUAUCUGGUGGGCCUGCGACUCAAGGAUCGCUCGUCGGUGGAGUUUCAACGGCUGUUCGAUGUCGUCCGGAGUGUGCAUGGGAUGUGGGAAAGAGAAGGCGAAAGCGGUGACAAACUGACAGAAGACGAGUCGCCGGAGGCCCUUCUCCCUGUCGAGUUCGUGACGUCAGACGAAGUCUUCGUCAAGAGCCUGAGACACGCAUGCCGCUUCCUGUGCAAGAAGCAGAGCUUGGCCCUCGAUCUCAUUUAUCGCAAGUAUGUAUGCCUGAAAGCGUCCCCUCAGUUCUCCGCAGUCCUCAAAUCGAACGCCGACUGGGGGUUCCGCGUCCCGCGUUUACUCAGCUCUCCGCGAGUGACUUGUCGGCCUUCUCCUGGGGGCCCCAUGAGGCGGUCUGGGCCUGGCCUGCGAGGCUCGCGAGUCUCUCAAAGUGGCAACCUGUUCGUCUCUUCGGCGCAUGCAGCGAGUCGUUCCCGGGGCGGCGCAGCGGCCUUGCAGACGGUGCAACACCAGAGUGGUGGUGGGGGCGUUGGUGCGGCUCCGGCGUCGGUCUUGGCGGGGACCGGCGGGGGCUUUUCCGCGUCUUCAGAGGGCUCUGAAGCUGCUCCAUGGGUCGGCAAAAACGUAAGAGACUCUCGGUGGACUAACCAGCAGCGAGGGAUGCCUUACGGGAUUUCGAGGGCAGAAAGACGUCGAGGAAGUGGAGAGACCUUUGAGAGCUGGGAGGUUGUGGAAGCCUCAGGGGACGCGGCGCCAGCUGCGCGUCGGGUGGCGUUCGAUGAGGGGACGACGGCUCAAGCGUCUUUGCGGUGUGGAGCCUCGUUGUCGGGAACUUACGCCAGGGAAGAGACAGACAGAGACUCGCGAUCGGGGACAGAGAUAGAGGCGACGGACGCCGUUUGCAAGUAUGCCGACGGGGCGUCGGUUUCCAGCUGCGGCGCACAUCACCGAGUAAGGCCCGACAAAGGAAAUAACAGAAGCGGAUCGACUCACGGUGGGAGGUGUGAGGGCGCGGUAGAGGGACGCGGAGGUGAGGCGUUCAAGAAGACGGCAGAAGAGAUGUACGCAGAACGCAUGCAGCAGCUGCAAAGGCACCACGAACAGAGAUUGCAAUACCAAGUGUCGGCGGAGUCCUCAGGACGAGGUGGGGGCCAUUACGGGCCGAGCGCCACUCAGAGGGAGAAGCGUGAUCUCCCGUCGUUCAGCAGUCAAGGACAGCAAGAGCGUGGUUUCGCGGAAUUCCAGCGCAACUCGGAGGCAAAUCUAAUGUCACCGUACACAAAACGAGAGUGUCUCGAGCAGACCCCGGUCACUCUGGCAACACGGCGAGACCUGAGCGACAGCAGGGAAGCGGAGGACGACGACAAAACGGGGAAGCGCUUCAGUCUGCCGCAGCGGUUCGUUGGCCAAGCGCCUGCCUCUGGAGUCCCCUUGGGCGCGUUGCAUGUGGGGGGCUCGCGUGGCUUCCCGACUUUGCGUGAAGAAAGCGCGGGCGGGCUGCGCGAAGCGGUUUUCGUUGAGUCGGAGAACAACGUCGUGUUUGCCUCACCUUUACCGUCGGGAGCAUCUUCUGUCCCGUCGGAGUUCUCCGCACCGCCAGUCGGGACCCCCGAGCUGCUUGCUCACCGCCAGAACAUGCGAUUGCUGGCCUCUUAUGCGAAUCAUCCUUCUACUUCCGGGGCCUCUUCUUCCCCUUCAGACCACUCCCCGCAGAACCUCUCCGCGACGCUGCUCGCCGCGUUGGCUCCUCUCACCAACAAUUUACGUGCGCCUCAAAUUCCUGUGGGUACUCGCUCACCAGCACUUGCCGGGGGCACAUGUGUCUCACAAGACAAGACCGAACAGAUGUGUAGUUCUUCGGCGGUACAAAGUACCCCAGCGCCCAUGACGGUGGCGCGCGGCCGUCGACCGAGUUUAGCUCUGAUGAAAGAGAGGUACACACCUGAGGGUAUCGUUGGCAGGGAAUCAGGAAAGCAGAGUUUUGCCCAGGCGCAUGCGUCACCGCCAUUUUAUUCUCCGACAGGUGUGGAAGCUUCAGGACCUCUUCUCGCGUUCCAGGAUCUGUCCUCUACACAUUUGUCGCGUUUCCCGCCGUCGACUUUCGGGUCGGCAGCGCAUCCUCGAGGUGUGUGUACAGCGUAUUUGGCCAGUGCAGCGCAGCAGCUGUCUUCGCAGCCAGCUUUCGGGGAUAGUCGGGAAACGCCGCCCGGAACCUUGUGCAGUUCGGAUCCUUCAGCAGCGGUUAGGGCCGUGGAGACGGUGUCUCGUCUCGCGCAGUUAAGCAGAAAAGCGCUUGCUGAGCUGGUGACCAGAGACGACAUGCAGCAGUGGAUUAAGGCGCUUCGCUUACUUCAGGAGAAGUCCCAGGAACAGCGGCAACAGGGGCUUGCAGAGGGCGUGCAGCCGUCACUUCCAGGUUCGACGGUUACUGCUUGUCGUCGAUCGUCUCAGUCAGAAGCGAAAGAAGGAGCGCAAGAGGUGGCGAGCACAUGCACCGCAGCGGGGGAUCACGAGGGCGGGCAGAACUUUGGAGAAAACUGGAUGGAAGGUUGCUGGGGAUCGAAUCGGAGGGAGCAAGGGGGCGGUGAACCUGUGCAAACUGGCGAGAGAGGCGGGGAACGGAGAGUUGUCCAGGGAGAACGGCACGACUUCCUCGGUGGGGAGAAUUUCACUUCAGGAGGAAACGGACGCGAGACUCGCCGCGGGACGGAAGGCUCUCGUGGUCAAGCAGGCGCGCGAGGGGCAGGCGCGAAACGCGGCGGGAAUCGACACACCGGCAAAGGAAAGGGAAAGGGGAGACGAGGAGGUUUGUGGGACAUGAUGGAUGACGAUAUCAUGGAUAUAAAUACGUGGACUAUGUGAGGACAGCAGGGAUAGAAGAGGGUGCCACUGCAUGCGUGUGCCCUGGAGAAUCCCGCGCAUGUCGACGAUUUGGGUGACCGGAGAAGUGGAAAACUUUCCAUCUAGGUUGCCAAGAGGGAUGCGAACUCACGGAUGCACGAUUCGGAGAUGUGUGUGUGUGUUGUUGACUCUUCAAACGGCGGAGGUCGUCAGGCGCCUCGGUUGUGUUUACGGGCUGCAAACGUCUUCUGUCUUUGCAGAAGAAAUAUACGGGGAGUUUUCUGAACUUUCCCUGUCCAGCCUCGGUUGAAACACACAGGAUACGGGGCGCAUAGCUUUUGCCCGUAUUCAAGAAACGGUGAAGGCGUACCCUUUGAGACGAAUCAUCGCGAGGAAACUGUCUUUUCGGGGACCGGUGGACGACGAACUGAGUUGCGUUUUGCGG